CUUUAUGUUGAACCCGGAAGUGUUGUUGAAUCCCCGUUGGCUGUGGGACGAGGGCGAAUACAGCCCUGAAUGUUGCAAAUCGCAGGAUGGACUCAAGUGGGAAACCCUCGACUGCACAGAUUGUGGUUUUAGCCACCAGCUCGGCCCUGACUGCAGUCUUUUACUCCAUCUACAGGAGCAGAGCUUCAACUGUUGCCAGAUUAAAGGAAGCCAAGAAAGUCUGCAUCGACCAGGAUUUGAAGAACAUCCUGUCGGAAACUCCUGGAAGAUGUGUCCCGUACGCGGUCAUAGAAGGUGUAGUAAGAUCUGUGAAGGAGACCCUGAGCAGCCAGUUUGUUGAUAACUGCAAAGGAGUGAUUGAAAGACUGACGCUGAAGGAGGAGAAGAUGGUGUGGAAUCGCACCACUCAUCUGUGGAACAACACAGAGAAAGUCAUCCACCAGCGCACCAACACUGUUCCCUUCGCCCUCGGGUCUCAUGACGACGAUAUCGCCGCCACGAUACGGGUUGUGCGUCCACUAGACGCUGUCGAGCUGAACCUGGAGACCACCUACGAGAACUUCCACCCCACAGUCCAGUCCUUGUCCAACGUCAUCGGGCACUUCAUCAGCGGCGAGCGACCCAAGGGGAUCCAUGAAACUGAGGAGAUGCUGCGGCUGGGGGACAGCGUCACAGGAGUAGGAGAGCUGGUGCUGGACAACAACCUGAUCAAACUGCAGCCUCCCAAACAGGGCUUCCAGUACUUUCUCACCCGGCUGGACUACGAGUCUCUCCUCAGGAAGCAGGGCAACAGCGUCAGACUGUGGAGGAUCCUGACUCUCCUCUUUGGCGUCGCGGCUUGUUCGACGUUAAUCUUCAUUCUGUGGAAACGCUACGUCCACCACAGAGAGGGUAAGAAGGAGAGGAGCAUGCUGGAGGAGUUUAAGGAGAAGCAGAAGAAGCGUAUGCGUGAACUGAACAUAGAGGAGAGCAGCGUGUCGCCCAGCAGCUGCACGGUGUGUCUGAGCCGCGAGCGCUCCUGCGUCUUCCUGGAGUGCGGCCACGUGUGUGCCUGCGCUCAGUGCUACGACGUCCUGCCAGAGCCAAAGAAGUGCCCCAUCUGCAGGGCCGCUAUAGACCGCGUGGUGCCUCUUUACAACAGCUAGAGUAGGAAUAAAGAAUAUAUGUAAUACAACUCACUCUCACCAUCAUCUUAGAGGUGAAAACAGUCUGUUGGUGCCUGAAAAAAAAUCAGUGUGUUUUUUUGCACUUUUUUUUUUUUUUUUACUCACUCCUUCAUAUAAAUAUUGUGUGUUUGUGCUGAGUCACGAUACGACCACAUUUCCCAUCAGGCAUUCAAAUCAAAUUUGAAACCUGUACUAAUAGAUAAAAUAAAAGCUCUUCUUUCGCAGUGA